AUGGCGUCAGAAAACCCACAACACAAGCCUCAGGAUUUUUCAAAACCCGGGGAAAUUGACCUCGCCGCCCUUGAAAAAAGAUGGAACAUCUGCAACAGUUGGGCCGCCGUAGCGGCGACGCUGGCCAUCUCCGUCGCCUCUGGAGGGCCGGUGACGCUGAUCUAUGGCAUCAUCAUCAUAUUCAUCUUCGGAGGAGCCUGCGCGCUGAGCAUGGCUGAGAUAGCGUCUGUUCAUCCUACCGCAGGUGGACAAUAUCACUGGACGAGCAUCCUGGCUCCUGUAUCCGCAAGCAGAGGACUCAGUUACUGGUGUGGCGCGAUCAAUGUGUUCGGAUGGAUCGCAACCUCGGCCGGAUUUAUCAUCACCUUUCCAACCAUGGCUCUGGCUUUGGCCUCAUUCUGGAAUCCGGGCUACAACGUUCAGACAUGGCACGUCUUCUUGAUAUUCCAAGCCAUGAACUUCCUGGUGGUGGCGUAUAACAUCUUCCUGCUGAAAAGAACCAUCUGGUUGCAGGACGUGGUGUUCUUCCUUUCGAUCAUAGCCUUCUUCGUUAUUAUAAUCACCUGUCUCGCCGAGUCGAACCCGAAACAAAGCAGCGACUUUGUGUGGAGAGAAUUUGUCAACAAGUCCGGCUGGUCUUCGGAUGGUGUUGUCUUUCUCACCGGCCUGGUCAAUCCCAACUUUAUUUUCUCCGGCCUAGACGGUGCAAUUCAUUUGGCCGAGGAAUGCACCAACGCGGCGGUAAUUGUGCCCCGAGCUCUUGUCUCGACCGUGGCCAUCGGUUUCGUGACGGCGCUGGUCUUCGCCAUUGGCAUGUGCUACAGCUACCAUGACUUUGAUGCCGUGCUUGCUUCACCUUUUCCCGCCCUCGAGGUAUGGUACCAAGCCACCUCCAGUCGAGCCGUCGCGACCUUGUUCCUCGUUACGCUCAACGUAAUCGCACUCUUCGCCAUCUCUGGAGCCACACAGACAGCCUCGCGACUCACAUGGUCCUUCGCUCGAGACGACGCCGUCGUGUUCGCUCCGUUCCUAAGCCGCAUCCACCCACGAUGGGGCGUCCCAGUGUGGUCCCUGAUCGCCAACAGUGCAUGUGUAUUCGUCUUGGGAUGCGUCUACUUGGGCUCAUCGACAGCGUUCAACGCCCUGGUCAGCACCGGCAUCAUCUUGCAGCAACUCAGCUUCGCGUUCCCUGCCGCGCUGAUGCUGUACCGCCGGGUGAAGGGGACGCUCGAAGAGGUCAUGCCUCAAGCCAAGAUUGGGUUCAAGUUACGAUUUGGGGUCGGCCCCGUUGCGAAUGUCUUGACAAUAGUCAUUGCCCUGCUGGCAUUGGUCUUCUAUGACCUUCCGGUAGUAUUGCCCGUUACAGUUGGAAAUAUGAACUAUGCGUGCGCUGUGAUUGGAGUGAUGGGUCUCCUUGCGCUAGCUAACUGGUUUGGAUACGCGACGAGGAAAUACCAAGGUCCCAGGAUUGAGCACAUCAAUUAG